AUGAAUUACGGCAUCUCCAAUUUCAUGAACAAACUUCAUGGCCAGCCCGACAGCUAUGACAAGAAAUCGCAGUACAGGUUCGGUCGCACACUUGGAGCCGGCACUUACGGUAUCGUCCGGGAAGCAGAUUGUAACGGAGACAAGGUGGCUGUCAAAAUAAUAUUGAAGAAGAAUGUUAAAGGCAACGAGCAGAUGGUCUACGAUGAGCUCAAGAUGCUGCAACACCUCAGUCACCCGCAUAUUGUCAAGUUUGUCGAUUGGUUCGAGUCCAGAGACAAAUAUUACAUCGUAACUGAGCUUGCGACCGGAGGAGAACUGUUCGAUCGUAUUUGCGACCAGGGAAAGUUCACAGAGAAAGAUGCUUCACAGACAAUCAAGCAGGUGCUACAGGCAGUCGACUACCUACAUCAGAGAAACGUCGUUCACAGAGAUCUCAAGCCCGAAAAUCUGCUUUACCGAACGAAAGAUCCUGAUUCCCAACUUGUCCUUGCAGAUUUCGGCAUCGCCAAAAUGCUCGAUAGUCCAGGCGAAGUUCUUACGACCAUGGCCGGCUCCUUUGGCUACGCUGCUCCUGAGGUAAUGCUUAAGCAGGGUCAUGGCAAGGCCGUCGAUAUGUGGUCACUCGGCGUCAUUACAUAUACCCUACUUUGCGGUUACUCUCCUUUCCGCUCGGAGAAUCUAUCCGAUCUGGUAGAAGAAUGCAAAUCCGGCAGAAUCAUCUUUCACGAGCGCUACUGGAAGGAUGUCAGUAAGGAUGCUAAAGAAUUCAUCAUGAGCUUGUUACAACCAGAUCCCAAGAAGAGAGUCACAUCGGUCGACGCCCUGAAGCAUAGGUGGCUUGAGGGUGAGACGGCCUCAGAUCACGAUCUCCUACCCGAAAUCAGAAGCUACAUGGCCAAAGCCAAACUCAAGCGCGGUAUUGAACUCGUCAAGCUCGCGAACCGAAUCGAUCAACUCAAAUUGCAAGAGAACCCCGCCGAUAUGGACGAAAAAGACGCCUCCGAUAUCCCCGCCAAUGCAUCCAACGCCGCAGGCCUAGCCGUCAAAGCCUCAGAACAACGAGCCGUAUCUCCCGGACGAGGACUCGCUACCUCUGAAGCUAAAGAGAAGAGAACACUGAGCAAAGCGGCAAAGAGUGCCAUUUUCAAAGAAGUCGUUCUCGCCAAGGUCAGAGAGAUGAAAGAGCAAGAACAGACUGACCGAUUGGUCGCUGACGCUACUGCUGCUCACGAGCGUAGAAAGUCGUUUAGUGGCCAGAAAUAG